AUGCAUCUCAAAAGGAUCCGUCCCGGUCACACCGGAACAUUCAUGGGUUUUCUGCCCGACGCGCACCGCAACCACAUGACUGCAUUCAUCUCCGAGCUUGCAGGAACCUUCUUGUUCCUUUUCUUUUCCUUUGCCAUUGCUCAAGUGGCCAACACGCCCCCUCCCACCGGUGAAGCCGCCAGGCCCAAUCUCCUGACGAUCUUCUUCAUUGCUCUUGGGUUCGGCUGCUCCGUGGCCAUCAAUGUUUGGCUGUUCUAUCGUGUGAGCGGAGGAAUGUUCAAUCCAGCAGUUGCUUUCACCCUGGUUCUCAUCGGAGCCGUGCCCAAGUCCAGGGGCGCGGUCGUCUUCGUGGCGCAAAUCCUCGGGGGGAUUGCAGCCGCAGGAGCAGUAUCGGCGACACUGCCUGGUCCCAUGGCCGUCAACGUCCGGCUCGGCGGUGGCUGUUCCAUUACUCGAGGGCUCUUUAUCGAAAUGUUCACCACCAUACAGUUGGUGUUCGCGGUCGUCAUGUUGGCGGCCGUCAAGUCCAAGGCCACCUUCCUUGCACCGCUUGGGAUUGGAAUUGCGCUCUUCAUCGGCCACAUGCUCAGCAUCUACUACACCGGCGCCGGAAUCAACCCUGCUCGAGCAUUCGGUCCGGACGUCGUCACCCACAGCUUCCCGGGCUACCACUGGAUCUACUGGCUCGGCCCGUUCUUGGGGUCGCUGGUCGCCGCGGGAUUCUUCUACCUCCUCGAGGCGUUCGACUGGACCACGGCCAACCCAGGCCAGGACUUUGACGACCUCGAGGUGCAGAUGAUGACGCCCUCCAAGAAGACGUCCAGGCCGAACAUUGCGCUCGCCCCCUCGAGAAGCGCCGCCGGGAACGACUUCAACUCGAUGAGCAUGUCUUCGGACAAACACACCUUGACGGACGGCGCCGUGACUCACGAUUCACAUCCGUUGCCCGUCUCGCCGGGCGCCAAAGAGGAACAGACCGUCUGA